CAUGGCAACAGUGACAUCCCAUUCAAGUUCGUGUUUACGAUAAGUUAGAUAAACAUUUACAGUGAAUUUUCAACAGCAAUUCUGCCUUCUUCCUCAUCAACUAGUGGUAUUUUAUAGUUUCCCUCUCCCUUUGUAAUCAUGUCCAGCGAUUCAGUGAAAACGUUUUCCAGUCUUGAAACACCUGGGUAUGUCGGAUUUGCAAAUCUUCCCAAUCAAGUCCACCGAAAGUCUGUUAAGAAAGGUUUUGAGUUUACGCUCAUGGUAGUCGGUGAAUCUGGCUUGGGCAAAUCAACCUUGGUGAAUAGUCUAUUUCUGACUGAUUUGUAUCCAGAAAGAGUCAUUCCCAAUGCAAAUGAAAAGACCAAUCAAACAGUAAAAUUGGAUGCUUCAACAGUAGAGAUCGAAGAAAGAGGCGUUAAGUUAAGGUUAACGGUUGUUGACACACCAGGUUUUGGAGAUUCUAUCAACAAUACAGACAGUUUCCGAGCAAUAAUUCAGUACAUAGAUGAUCAGUUUGAAAGAUUUUUACGAGAUGAAAGUGGUCUAAAUAGAAGAAACAUUGUGGACAAUCGGAUACACUGUUGUUUCUAUUUCAUCUCUCCUUUUGGACAUGGUUUGAAGCCUUUGGAUGUUGAGUUCAUGAAACAGCUGCACAACAAGGUUAAUAUUGUUCCCGUGAUCGCCAAAGCAGACGUUCUCACUAGGAAAGAGAUGCUCCACCUGAAAAAGAAGGUCAUGGAAGAAAUAGAAGCGCACAAAAUCAAAAUUUACCCUCUCCCUGAUUGUGAUAGUGAUGAAGAUGAAGACUACAAAGAACAAGUCCGUCAGUUGAAAGAAGCAGUGCCGUUUGCUGUUUGUGGUGCUAAUACGCUCCUUGAAGUUCGCGGGAAGAAAGUGAGAGGGCGUCUUUAUCCUUGGGGAGUCGUUGAAGUUGAAAACCCAGAACACUGUGAUUUUAUCAAGUUACGCACAAUGUUGAUCACUCACAUGCAAGACUUACAGGAAGUCACCCAAGAAGUUCAUUAUGAAAAUUAUCGUUCAGAGCGCCUUGCCAAGGGUGCCCCUGUUCCCAAACGAACCACCUCUCUUCCGGACCACGAGAAGACACCAGUAUCUGAGAAGGAUAAAAUUCUCCAAGAAAAAGAAGCAGAACUGAAGCGCAUGCAGAAAAUUUUAGCUGAAAUGCAAGCUCAAAUGCAGCAGAAAGCAACUUAAACAGGUUUUAUCCUCUUCAAUUAUUUUCUUUCUAUCGUCUCAUUAUACAUAAGCCAUAUAAAUAGUUUUUAUACAAGUUUUUUACCAUAGCAAAAACUUACUUUAGUUUUGUAUAUUAUGACCACUCAACACUUAUUUUUUUAGUGUUGGGAAGAAAGUUUUAUCUACUAAAUCCCUUAAUUCUCAAAUAUUGAGUCUAAAAAGAUUUUAAGUCUUCUAUUCUUUACUAUUUUAUAAGAUAUGUAAUGAAAAGAAUAUACGUUUUUCUCUCAGUAAAUAUCGUAUGAUCGUAAUGCCAUGAAUUUAUGAUCGCAAUGGAAACUUGAGACAACUGAGAUUUAUGUGCUACCCGGAACCAAAUGACAAUGUAUCUUGUUUUCAAGGUACAUUUUAGAUUAGGCAUCAGCUGAGCAGAAUUUUCCGCUCUUGAUUCUCACAUUUUGUCCUGUUAAUCUGAGUCAAGAGUUUUUGACACACUCCGAAUGGACGGAUUUACACAGAAAAAGGUCAAUCUACGUAAGGAAUCCAUUGCACAUAGACCUGUUUUGCGUAAAUUCGUCCAAAUAUAAGAUUUCAUAAUUUCUCUAUGUAAGACUUGCGAAUAAUUCGUAUUCAUUAGAGGAAUAAAAUAUAUUUUUUUGUAAAAUCUAUUUUAUUUCCGUGGUAGUUUUAAAAUCAGAUUCUUCAUCAUUCUCCAGAAUUUGUUUCUAUACAUUUUAUUUUGUAGUAUUUGACAAAAUUACAUAUAGUUUGUCUUGUAUCCCCCUAUAAGAUCUAGGGCAGAAAAUUUGCGAAUUAAGAGAGUUGCAACAAGUGCAUUUUUCUCUUUAAUUUGAGGUGUAUCCAGACACUCUGACUUUCCAACGUAUCAGCAGAAGUUGAUCUCCUCAUCUUUUUCCCACCAAUUAGAUCUGUAUGACGAAGUACCAUGUCAACAUACCUCUUGUUACAGAAAUUACUUCUGAUAAGGCCAGGCAAAGAGCGAUUUUGACGAUUGGCAAGGUACCAAGUGCCAUAAAGUUUACAGAAAUGCACAAAAGCACAAGGGGUCAAAUUGUUGGGGGAAAAACACCGGGAAACACAGAGAAUCUAAUGAACUGAUAGGAUAAAAAUGGGUUCCUUGUGCACAUAAUUCCCAUCAACCAGAGUCAUCUAUCAUAAGUUUCUGUCCACACCUGUGGAAUUUUGGCCAACUGGCUGAAAAAUUACUGAAUUUGGUUAAAUCCUGGCUCAGCAAAUUUAUGGCGCUAUGUCAUCAGGAAACUUCUUUUUAGUCCUUCGCAUUCAUUGUUUUCGUUUGAUUUUUCCCCUAGUUUAUUCUCACUGUAACAAUGCCAGUGCGACCAACAGCAUCGGCCUUAUUAGAUUUUAUCUGUCUAAACAAAACUCAGUGUAUCAAUAUCUCUCUGGCAGGGAUUUGUUUGCACAGCUCAAAUGGCCCAGCGAGACCAAGGAAAAAACAUGGCUUACAUGUCAUGGAACCACAAGUCAGAAUAAUUUUUUUGUUCUGAAAAAUGAAGCACAUCUUUUCCGCAAAACCUGAGAAUGAAGAUUUAGGCUAUAAUUCUGCGCAUAAAUUGAUCUGUUCACGUUGUGUAAACAAAUUCUAUCUAGUCAAGUUCUGCCUCAAAACAUAUUGCCUACAUGAACAAAAUGUGUUCAAAGCCUUUUUUAAUGUUUGGAGGCAUCUGGUCAUGUAGCGACUGAUAAAAUUUUAUGUAAAAUUCCCUCUUUAUGUGAAGUUUUUAUGACUGAUUGUUGUCAAUCAACUCAUCUGUAUUUACUUGCCAUUUUGAAAUUUUUGCCAUGUAUCCAAUGAGUCAGAACACAAUCUUUGGGUAGAUUCAAUUUUCUGUGUGAUUUUUUUUGCAAAAGCUUCACCAUGAUGCUGAUCUCUUCUGUAACUGAUGAAAUACUUCCUGAAAAUUUUACUUUUUUUAGCUAAUAGAUCUGAAGAACCACUAACUUUACUUUAUCAAUUUACAUACCUAGGUAUCUAUGCUAACCCCCACAAAUACGCUUAGAAUAUUAUUUUUGUAUUUGCAUUUUGGAGAAUAUUUUAUAAGUCUUAUCUUUGACUUUUUUAUUUUAAGUACCUACAUACCGAGCCUGAUUUUUAAUGUUUAAUUGUGGAAAAGUCUUCUCAGGGUUUAUAUUGUUGCCUCUUUCACGUAAGGGCGUAUCUUUUUUUCCAAGUAAGACCUGAUAAGUAUGAAGUGAUAUAAAUAACAGGGCUCACAUGGAAAGUGAGAUACGUCCUAAUGUCAGAGGAGCAACAAUAUGAGGUUUUUCCAAUAUCUCUGAUCAGAACUAUAAAAUGAAGAGGGGGCGUUAAUAUCUACAGAGGUUGUCCCAAAAGUACUGCACGUUUUUUUUUUUUUUUGGACGAACGGUAGCAGAUAUCAAAAAGCAGUUUGUGUAGUCUUACCGAGCAAUUACCGAUAAAACAAGACAAAUCCGAGCUCUCUAAGUCAAAAAAUGAUCAAGUUACAGUGUUUUGAAAAUGACUUGUAGAGGUGACCCCUCCAGGAUUUUUAGCCUCUUUUCUGGAAAAAAAACAAAGAUUUGAUUGAUCAAACAUUCCACAGAGAAACCAUCGCGAUCGAUUGAAGUUGGCAACAUGGUAUCAGCCCGGAACUCGCACCUUGCGAUUUUUGGUCAUUCCCUACGUUAAAAAAGGGCUUAAGAGGCAGGAAGUUUAACUCCAUCAACGAGAUAAAAAGAGCUAUUGAAACUUUCUUAAAGAACAUCAGGCAAGAAGAAUUCGAUAAAACAUGUUUGAAGAAGUGGGAAGAACGGUUGCGGCGCUGUGUGGCAAGUGAUGGAAGGUAUUUUGAGAAGGAAACUAGUGUCCAGUUGUCCAGUGAAGAA